GAGGAGGCAUGCAAGUGUCACACAUCCUCCAUCCUACCAUCUUUCUUCCCUUCUUCUUCCCCUCUGCCUGGUGUCCCACUCUUGUCGACACACACCACUUCCCGCCCGGCCGAAUCUACGAGAUACUUUUGCAUGCUACCCCCUCUGCACCACACCUGCCUUCCUCCAUCAGCGCCACCCAUCGCCCUGUAUCCCCUCUUCGCCGAGCCCCUUCCAAGCAUCCCGGCGUUUUUGGCCUGAUCCUACAGCACCAGCUCGAAUGCGUUGUGCGCGAUAAAACCUCCCCUGCCCGCUCAUUCGGCGUGGGCAGACGACCUACCGGCUUCCUGAGAUCUCACCCUCCAGGCUGCCACCAUGCGACCCCUCCGAUUCCUGCUGUCUCUAGCUACGUGCAUCCUUGCGUUCUUCGGCCUGCUUUUCAUUGGUCCCUGGCGGGCGAGCACGCAAGAAUCCAUUGAACAGCAAAGCUCCAUCCGAGCUUACUUCCACUGGCAUACUCCUACCUCUCUCUUUCCCCCAACCGCGGUCAUAACUCUGACCGACGACAACUCUACUGUUUUCCUCGCCCGCCCGGCUGCAUUCGGGCCUCUUCUUCCCGCCAACAGCCUCAGUGGGCAGCUGUGGAUAGGCAGUGGGUUUGGAGACGAUCGGCUAGGCCGCACAGGUUCUGCGGAAGGAGAUUUGGGAUGUAGUGAUGUACCUGGCUGGACCGCCGGAGACUAUGGAAGAGCUGGGAAGAGCCUCAGUGAGGCGAAGAGUAUCUGGGCCAGCUCAAAAGAUGGCGAGAGCGCCAUUCUGAAACGAGACGAGAGCUCUGGUAGCAAGGGAAUGAAAGCACGAAUAGCGGAACUUCCGGACGAAGACGAUGGUACUGAUGACCACCUGCACCACCCUUUGAUGCCUUCGGAUGGUUUGAGCUCGAGCAGUGGCUCCUCGACGGACCGCAAGCCACCAACACACGCGGAUAUCCAGUCUCUGCAAGAGAGUGCCGAGAUUGCAGGCAAGAUUGUGCUGCUUAGCCGUGGUGGAUGCGGCUUUCUCGAAAAAGUAAAAUGGGUGCAGCGGCGAGGUGGCAUCGCGCUCAUAGUCGGGGAUGAUAUGCGUGGUGAACCUCUUGUGACCAUGUAUGCUCGAGGCGAUACAUCCAACAUCACAAUCCCUUCGCUCUUCGCCUCCCACACCACGGCGCAUCUUCUCUCGGGCCUCAUACCUGCGGGCGGGAAUGCCGGGAGUUUCACGACAGAAGAAGGAGCAGCUGUUGGUGACAAAACGGACACAAAGGUGACUGAUGACGGCAAUGCAGUUGCCGAUCGACCAACCUUCACUGCAUCAAGCUCUCCCGGACAGCGGACAGUUGAUGCCAAUUCCCAGCUACAAGGGUCCCGCCCCGACGACUCUCCCGCACCAGACGAAAGCAGUGGUAUGUCACCAGAUGGUGGCUGGCUGCGAUCCUGGUUCAGUCCUGGAGAUGAGUCAUCCGAUGUGAUUGAUAGCAGACGGCCCCCGACAAGUGGCGACAUGGGCUGGGUGCUGCAGCAAGAUUUCGAUGACGAUGACGACGCCCAGCUGGGUGGCUCUGGAAGUAAACACACUACUACCACGGCCUCAACACCGCCUGCCGGGCCCACUGCCGACAGCGUCAAACACGAUGACUUUGUGAUUGGCGUUCAAGAUUGGCGCGACCCGGACCUUCUGCUAUACCACAAGGAGCAGUAUGCUUCGACAAGCGUGAGCACUUCCGAAACCACCCGUACUCGCAAAGCAACCGCCACCGCAUCUCUCAGAGGGGGAAGCAUCACCCCAGGCAGCGGUGAAUAUGUGCAGGCGGAACAUGAAGUUGCUAACAUGGCGGAACUGGGCAAAGUUGUUCAUGGAGCCCCUCACGGAGCGAAAGCCGACCCAGAGAAAAGCACAGGCAGCUGGCUUGGACAUGUGUUCGGCUCUGCGAAGCAACAUUCGUCUAGACCGGCGCCAAACAAGCUCAGCGACAGGUUGAUGGCAAGCUCACCCAAGCCAUGGAGCCGCGACAAGGAUGCUGGGGAUGAGCCUGAGGUUCAUGAAGGGCUGUGGGUCACACUGACCCCGACGUCUAUCUCAUCAUCGCCGUUCUUCGACACUCUGCUCGUCCUAGUGGUGUCACCGCUCGUCACCUUGACCGUGGUCUACGCUCUUCUGCUACUGCGAUCUCGAAUCCGGCGGCGCAGAUGGCGAGCACCCAAGUCCGUGGUGGAGCGAUUACCUGUGCGCACCUAUCACACGAUGCAUAGCGCGAGCAUGACUAGUUCAACAACCUCAUCCAUCUCCUCGCCAGUCACUGCCGCCACGCCACUGCUGCAGUCUCCCACGCGACCCAUCAACACUCGUGCCCGGCCUAGAUCGCGGACGGUCUCCGGAGUGCCAGGGCAGCAAAACACGUCGAUCCAGACAGAUAGCACGGCCUCGCCUUCCCUGGACCAGCUGGAGGAGAAGCGUGCGGCAGGGCUAGCGGAGUGGCGACGGCGGUACGGCGGGCGGCAACGGGAAUGCGUGGUGUGCCUGGAAGAAUACAUCGAUGGCGUGAGCAGAGUGAUGAGUCUACCUUGUGGGCAUGAGUUCCACGCCGAGUGCAUAACACCCUGGCUCACGACCCGCCGUCGAACGUGUCCAAUCUGCAAAGGCGACGUCGUCCGCUCGCUUGCUCGCUCAAACGGCUCGACCUCCGUCUCGCCGCCGCAGGGCACAUGCCCCGAAGACGCCGAUGCCGAUGAGAUCCAAGAGCAAGCGGCCGUGGCACGCAACGACGACCCAUCUUCUGCGCGCCCUCUGAGCAGGGAAGACGAAGCAUUUGAAGACCUCGAGCAGGGCGUUGGGCAUGACCGAAGCCGAUGAAUUGAUGAGCUAUUCGUUGCUGCGGCCGACACGACUGUAUACUAUGCUUUGGCGAGGCGUUCUUCACCUGGUGGUUGUGCCUGAGCCUGGCAUGUGGGACGGUAUGGACUCUACGCUUCUUUUUACGAUACCCGUGUUUAUGAGGGCAGAUCACGUAAGGUGCAAUUGAAUGAAAUA